AUCAAACAAGAAGGCAGACAGGCAGAAAAAGCAGCAAAGCGUACGUUAGUAUCUCUCUGGGGACGAUUAUUCUCAGAUGAACGAAGACCGGGCCCACAUCGGCGUAUGGCACCAUUUAUUUCAGCAAGAGGACAUAAAACAAUAUCGGAAAAAAUCAUCCCAUUAGAGGAUCGUGUAAAGCAAAUUCACACAGAUGGAUUUAUUAUUUCGAGCAAAAAUACUGAACAGCUGAUUGUAAAAUAUGAAAGUGCGGUGGUGAGUGAUCUAAAAAUUAUAAAAUCAGGUAUCGUGUCGAUAAAGAAUGUUGAUGAAUUUAAAAUGGGUCGAUUUUGA